AAAAAAACAAGAUGGUGAUCGCGUUUGCAAAUCGAUCUGUGAUUAGUUUUUCGUAGAAAAUUAGGUGUAUUAUUGUAAAAGAUGUUAUCAAUUUAUGUUCUCUAACUUUUUAAUAAGGAAUUAUUACUAACACAACGACGUCACCAUGAGUUACGAGGUGUCUGAGGAGCCAGAUCUUAUCGACCUGAGUAUGGGUCAGUUCAACACGACUCAAUCGCUCGAAGAGAUGAAGCUGGACAAGAAUAUGGUGUGGCUCUUGUUUUCACUUAUUUCCUCGAUUAUCUGGGUUGUGUACAUCACCUUUUACAACUCACGUCUGUUUGGAUACUGCAUCACUAAACUAGUGAAUAGAUUGUUCAUUAAGGGCGCCUAUUUUAAGAUAGGAUCGUUGAAUGUGAACCCACUCGCCGGAAAGAUUAUGUUCCGCGAUGUUGUGUAUGUCUGUUAUGAUUACACAGUUCGCGUUCAGGAUGGCUAUUUCAUAUUUCGCUGGUGGCGUUCGUACGUGCCGAAGGACGUAUCAGAAGACCUAUCCCAUUCGGAUACGCGAUUGUCGGUUAUGUUGAACGGUUUUGAAUUGCAUGUUUACAACCGAUCAGACCUUUAUGCCAAAAUUGAAAAAAUCUUCGGACUGAAGUCAUCGAUUCUCAUUCCAACGGAAAAUAUGAGUGCUGAGGAAAUUGCACGUUUCAAAGAGCAGGCAAUGAACUAUGAAAACCAGCGGCAGAGUAACGAGCAGUCAGGAAAGAUUAAAAAACCUCGACCAGAAGCCAUGACAGCCACAACGUGGCGAGAUUUGAUUCCGGUGAUAAAAAUUGAUAUUUGUUCUGGAAGAUUCGUCUUCGGAAAUCGAUUAACUCCAACGACGCUCUCGAUAUGUGUGGAAGAGGCUCACUGUGUCUACAGUACAAAACCGGCAGUAUCUAAACUUGAUCAUUUUAUGCACUUUGUUAAGGCAAAGAUAGAAAAUUCGAAAGUGUUGUUGGCACCAAGUCCAAAAUAUACGGGUUUUGUGGACGAACCCCCGCGUUACAUGGGAGAAGGGUUUGUCGUAAUGAUGGCCAACAAUAUGGAAUUAUAUUUUUACAUGGACGAAGUUGGUCUGGUUCCGGAAGAGCCGGUUACCUUGACAUUGGCGAAUGGGGAUGUUGUGGAAGCAGCACCGCCCGUGUGGGGUAUUGAUAUUAAAUGUGGCAAAGGAACUGAUUUCAGCUACGGACCUUGGGCUGACCGGCAACGUGACCAUCUAUUCAAAUUUUUCUUCCCACCGGACUAUCAGGCCAUGCAGGUUACCAAGCCCCCCAAACCCGGGGACUGUCGUGAGAUGCAGUCGUUUGACAUCAGCCUUUGCACACUGAAUGAAGCGACAAUCGAUAUUCUGUUUUCAAAGAAUAAAGAAACUAACGCAGUUCAUGUAAACAUUGGUGCUGGAUCGUAUUUGGAAGUGACACUUCCUUGGAUUACUCUACAGGAUGGUUUCACGACAAAAGUUACCGGGCAGCUGUUGCACGUAGAAGCUACUACCAGUUUGCAGUAUCGAAGUCUAGCCGAGUGUGAAACACUUCAGUUCAAUGUGAAAAUUCAUUACCCCGUGCGGUGGAAUGAUCACCAGGAGUGGAAUAUCAAUCUGACCGGAAGUAAAGCCACCGCUUAUAUCGUAUUUUCUCACAAAGAGUUUUUCCAAAACUUGGUAGAAGAUUGGGCCUCGAAAGCAAGACCGGAUGUGUUAAGUUUUAUUCCUUACACGUGGAAGUUUGGUGUUAUUUUGAAGGAAUUCGAAAUCAUCACUCUAAGUAACGAGUUCAAUUGGGUUGACUGUUCCAGCACGAAUCAGGAAAAUCAUCACCUGGCUUUCUGUGGAGACCUGUUCGAUUUAAGUUUCACUCUUCCGUUCGAUGAUUUUCUUCCGCUCAAAAUACCGAUUGUAUUUUGGAUUCAUGGGGAAGGUUUGGAUUUGAGCAUGUACCUACCGGAACAAUCGAGCAGUAAACCGAUUUUGGUAGCGCUGGAUAAAAAUGCCCGAUUGCUUUCACGAGACGGUAACGUAAAGCGACGUAGCGAACUUAUCAUAAAAAAGUGGCGACGCGUUUGUCAACGUUCGACUGGUUGGAUUGAUUGCUGGACAGUUCCCAUAGUGGCCCUUUCAAUCAAAUACAUUUACCACCCAAUGCCUCCACUAGGACCUGAUCCACAGGCUGACAUUACAACACCGGAAAAGGAAGAAAUACUGCUGAGUCCGAUGCGAAUACCAAAGAUGAGAAAGUCGCCAGCUAUUACCUGGAACGAUGCUGGACAGCCAAGGUUUGAUCCGACCACUUUGCCACCGGAUCAUGUAUCGGUAGAACUGGAAAUUGGAUCUUCCAUUAUGCUGGCCUACGGUGCUAUCCUUAGAAAUUUUAUCCACCUGAAAGAGAACAUCUUUGGUGAGGAUCAAUCCUUCACGGAUAUGGACAAAUCGAACUCCAAGUCUAACGCUGGCAAAGGUAGUGGCGGGACUAAAUCUUCGAGCUCAAAAGACGAUCCAAACAAGUCUAUUUCCGAGACGAGUGUCAACGCCGAGGAGAAACCCAAACGAUUCGACCCAAGACUAUUUCGCCCGUUAGAAGUCACUGUUAGUGUUACGAUACAUGAUCUUCAGGCUCACGUUAUGAAGAACUGCAAUGAAAACGACCCUCCAUGUCCGGUUGUUCUCAUUGAGCGUCUCGGGUUCGAAAUGAAGAAACGGUUCCACGAAACAGAGCUCCAAGUACUGGUCAGUCCAUCGUUUCUAGUUUCUUCGGACACUAUAAUUCGACCAUCAAAAGAUAAACAUCUGAAACAGGGACAUCUGCUUCUAUCGGCUGUGCAGGUUAGAGGACACGCAAUGUUCAGUAAUGAAGGACGACAGUUGGACGAGGAAACCCUCGAAUAUGCAUGGUUGCUUGAAGUUCAGCUCGGCAAACUAUCUGGAAAAAUGACUCUCCCGCAGUUGUGUAACGUCGUCAAUGGACUAGAAACGCUAGCUUUUCUUACGAUGGAUGGUGAAAAUGAAUUAAAAUCUCCCAAAACGGUUCGAUAUUGCCACCACGGAGUUCCGACUAAUGCUUGUCCGCACACGAAAGAGGACGCAAAAUAUCGCUGCCCUUCAACGGAAGACAUCAAGUACCGCAUGACGCGAGUGGCAAUCGAUGCGGUUGAUUUCUAUAUAAUCGAAAAUGGUACCGCAUUGCACACGUGGAUUUCUCCAAUCCGAAUUGCAACCUGUAAUCUGCACGGUCAACAGGUCAAAUCCGGCGUCACGUGUCUGAUUCCAACCGUUCUACUGCGACAAUUCAUAUCCACAGGAGGUCAUUUCAGUCACAGCAAUGGGAAUUCCCAUAGCAACACGGGAACCAGUGGCAGCAACCGCUCUGCAAAAGCUCACCAUCAAAAUACUGCGAAACACGAACCGGAACGAAAGGAUGAUAAUAACCCUUUAUACAAACGAACCGACGAUCCAUGCUCAAGUGGAAUUAAACAGAAAAAAGUAGGUGAACAACACCAACAAUCAAUGCCGCCACAUGCCUGUCGCCGAGACUCGAAAGAAGAUCCGUUCGGUUCGCUUCCCAAUCGGCGUAGUCACGAUCCAGACCAUGGGCAUCGCCGGGAGAAGGAAGAAAUCUACGGUUCGGUUCAUUCCACCAGAAAUAGCUGCAGGGAUAUCGAUUCAACUGAACCGUGGCUGGAGGUGGGUUGUCUCUCGCUGGGGCCAAUUAUAAUCGAGGCUGCCUCGGCAUUGCCUAUUCCGGAACAUUGCUUGCAUUUGGUGCAACAUAAUUAUCUGAAACUGCAUGAUGAGCGGGCGAAAAAACUAUGGUUCUUGUGGGCCAACAGCAACGAUCCGAUCCGUUGCGGAUGUGUUGGUGGAUGCGUCUUUUUCGGCACUAAUCGGAACGGGCCUCGCUUUUUCAAACCGUCUGCUCAAGAUUUGCAAGACUUCAUCAACAUUGCCCGAUACCACAUUUAUCCCAACUCCCGUGAAUAUGGCUUUGGACAAAGUUUGCUUCACGACGAACAGCUGGUGUUCCACACACCGCCAUACAGUUUGCAGCCAGUUUCGUUGCAGGAAUGCUACGAAUACGUGGGCAGACCAAACCUGCGUACCGCUAGAUUCGGUACGGAUUCCAAGUCACCAUUGCCACCGAAGCACGAAUCAAUAUUAAACACACAGAAACAAUGCGAUGUUUCGCCGAACAAUACUAUGAUACGUAGUGGAGGCGACAAAUCCGGAAAGUCGUCUUUAGAGCGGGUUAAGGAAAAGGAUAACAGCUCUCCGCUUAGCGCUGACCGCAGCAGAGGCAGACGCUUUUCCUACUCUAGUGGCAGGCAAAAUACCAUCUCGCAUGAUGUUCCCUACUAUCGAUUGUUGGAAUCUAGCCCUAAGAUUAACAACUCGAAGCUGUCGACUUCGUCUGGGGUUCGCCAGGACUCAGAAUCACGUCUACUAACACCAAAGGCAAUCAAAGUGCAGGUACCAAAAACAAGUGCUUCGGAUUCUCGUCUCACGAUGGAAUAUUUCCAAGGCGACGACACAACUAGUGUACCAGAGGACACCACUGAACUGUCCCAGUCGGCUCCUCAAGCACACCCGCUUGAGUCUGAUUCGGAGCAUUCUCUGAGCCCCAAAGUACCGGAUGAAGUCAUAAUACGGGACGUUCAGCGAACGGUUUCGCUCACUUCUGAAAACCCCUCCGAAGCGUUCUUCUCUGCCGAUGAAGAUUUACAUGCCUCGCGCAGUUCGAGUCUGAAGGCAAGCGAUGUUCAUUCGGUUAUUCCGAAGAAACGUUUUGCGUCCGACCUCAGUAUCGUAGGACCCAAUGAGCUGGAAGGGAAACUUUCAACGCAUCGGAGCGACUAUGAAAUACACACACCAGAGCACCGCAGCCUGCCAAUGAGACCACAAUCAACAGCAGAAUUGAACGAUGAGGAACGUCGGAUUCAUGGUCUAGCGACGCCCCUGCGCAAAUUCAGUAACAUUACUUCACGCCCCGAAUUUCGUCAUUUCAAGCCAGUUUACGACGUUGAUCCGCAUGACUCAUCGGAAACGCAUUCGCUGUCCUCUAGCUCGUUCAUCUCGGCGUUAUCGUCUCAAGAAGACAUCACCCUGGUCAACUUGCACAUGCAAAUCAAUCGUCCCAUCGUCGACUCGCCACUACUGAUGGCCAGCUACGUCACUCAUCUGGCGCAGGUGCGCUGCUCGAACUGGUCACACUGUUCGAUGCCGUUUGGAGCCGAUGCUUUCUCAAUGCCGCUGUUUCAACAGAACGAAGAUGGUGGAUUAGUUUACAUUGGCAGCAAACUUGUGCCUCAUUUUGACAACUAUUCGCACUGGCGAGAAGUGAGGAUCAUUUCACGUUACGACGCUUGCGCUGGCCAGCCGUCAUCUUCGGGGAUGUCUACUUUACCAAAACCUCAUCCGUGGGAUCCAAGCGUCAUGGUUCGUGGUAGUUUCGAGAAGCAUGACGGCAAAGAAAAUGAAAAUGAAUUUCUCAGCUCACAAGGAGAGACGGCUACCAGAAACUCGGUCGUGAUACGAUUCAAAGGGCAAGUGGAUAUGAUGCUUACACCACUGUUGCUUGAAGGAUUGCAAAGAAUGAUUGAAUCACUGAUCGGAACGCUAGCUACGCUGCAUCCUCUAACAAUAAUAAAUGAUGUUCAUGCGUCCUGCGUUCGCAAAGUGGAAGCAGUGAACGUGCUGAAGCGAGACCAAUCACUCAGUUACUGGUCGCAGGUGCACUCGAAUUCCAAACGAUCAACUGCCGAGCGUAACCUGCAAGGUCCGGGCGGUCCAGUUCUAACCGACGUAUACGAAGAAAGUAUUUCUACCCAGCUACAAGGAUUGAUUGUUCUUCCUAAGAUGAAUGUAACAUUAAUUCAAAGUUCAGUAAUCGAAGAGGUCAUAUCGUUUGCCGCGUUGGACAAUGUGCAAGAACUAAGUUGCGCGUCGUUAUUGGCAGUCUGCUUUGAGGGUGUUUCGACAAGAUUUCAUUUGGGAAAGACUACCAAAGCGUCGAUGCAUACUGUGUACACUCAACCGGCGGUUCGAACAGGCGGACUAAAAAAGAGUGGGUUGAUUCGAGGUACUAGAGCUUUGCUAGCACAUCUUUCAUCUCAAUCAAGGCCAGAUAACGUUCCGGGAGAACCUGUUUUGCUGGAAACAUCUGAGAAGCAGUUGGAAGAGCUAAUAAUUACGCUGGACGUGGGAAAAGCUCAUGCUCAAUUAAGGCGACUGAAGAAUGAUCCAGUCGCUGUCCAAGAUUCGCAAAUAGUAAUUACUGCUAUACCGGCACACCGUUGUCGGGCAAUGUUCGACUGUACAAAAAUUCCAGAAGAACCAGUCCCAGAUGGCAGCUCUGCGAUGGGCUAUAUAAUGUUUGAGUGUGGGUUGGAAGGUGUGAGCGUAAAAAUUGUUAAAAGGUCGCAGUUUGAGAAAUCGGAAAAUGCUGAGGAUGCACUAAAGCCUUCGCCGGAAGUUACCAAUUCGGAAGUCAACCAGAGCAGUGUAACUGGUAAUAAUCCACUGAAUCUGGUCACAUUGCUGAACGAAGCUGGAGGUAGCAUGGCAGCUGAAGCACUUGCAAAAAUUGGAAUGAAAAAACCUUCAACUCCUAAAAGCAGCACCCCGAGAGAUAAAGCCAGUGCAGGAUUUGACCAAAAAUCGAAAGAUAAACCAAACGACAGUUGGAUUUCUCGUGACCGAUUCUCUAACAAAGCUAUUGAUGAUUCGAUAGUGGAUGAUCUGGAUCAAGGAAAAGAUCAGCCAUCUCAGUUAGGAACGCAUGGCACGGCAGAUGAGAAGAACGUUUCCAAUUCGGUAGUACCAUUGAAAAACGACAAUGGGAAAACUUCGUCCUGUGUGGUUGAUUUUAAAACGGUUUGGUUCAAUUUUGCUGCACCUCCCCGAACACCCAUCACUAGGAAAAUCGAUUACUCUCGCUUGGAUUGGAAUCUGCUUAGCACAGCGUCACCAGCUAUUACUGCUUGGAUGAAUCCUAGCAAUCGUUUCGCUAUCAAAGUUGUAGCAUUGAUCCGAGCAACCUAUGUAAGGCGCACAGCCGUAAUGGUAGCACUGAUGGCGGAUGCGUGGGAACGACAAACUCUACACCGUCCAUUAAAAAGUCGCUACCCGGGAAUGUUUACCCCUCUAGCCAAAACGUUGCAGGAAGAUCCCAGCUGCUUACUUUGCACGAUGCUGCAAAAGUACGUUCUGGAGGAAACAGUAGCCAAAAUUGAAAAUGAUCUCAAACAACAGUACGUUCCACAAUUGAGUACGUUGAGACAGGCUGUUAUCGUACUGAGCAGACAAUGGAAGAAUGUACUGUACAAUCCAAUGCUAUUUGAACAUCAGUAUAAGGGAAAAUUGAACAAACCGAUUAGUGUAACAUUUUCGUUGCCACAAGAUGAGGAUGCAGAAGACACGGAUGACAUCGAUGCUGAGAACUAUCCGGUGGGUAUGAUUGAAAGUCAUCCUUUGAUUGACGAGGAGAAUGAGCGCACUAUGCUUCUUGGCCAAAGCGCACAGGCUCAUCAGCGACAGGCAACAGCAACUGGUCAUCAUGUAAUAAAAGUGCCCGAGGAACCGGUACCGAUUCACGUUACCAAGCUUGGAGAUUCCCUUAACACUUCUCCCAGUACUAACAACUCUAACAAGCUACGGAAGAAGUCUUCGGUAAAGAGUUUUAUUCCUCCAGCAGCACCGUCUUCACGAUCUAGCAUGCAAAUGUUUCCGAUCAUUUUCGAUAAACAUGAUCCUCAAAUUGAAUAUGGUGCAUUGAAGGAAGGUUCGCUACCGUCGAUGUGCAGUUCAUCCGAUUCACUAGACAAACCUUGGACGCCACCUGCGAAUCACAAAGAAGAUCUUUACUCAUGGAUGGCAAAACAACAGAAUGGAAACAAUAAAAACAGUCGGGAUAAAGAGAAGCUUGAGAAUUCUCGUCAAACUGCAAAGAUUCGACCGGAAAUUCAUUCAAUUAAAUACAUUCAAGAGAGUAACCGAAUUCUUGAUGCUCAUCUUAUCUUUGAACCGAUGCUAACUUGUCUGGGUGUCAUGCCGCAACAAAUGAUUAACAGCGUGUCAAGCUCGGAUGUUUCAUCGUUGGAUAGUCUUGGUACCAAUUUGUCACUGGUUUGUUACUUCGAAACAAUGCGCAUUGAUAUUGUGGUCAGUGAAGCAGGUGACUCUAAGAAACCCAAGCCCAAAGUAAGCAAAAAGGGCAACGGCAAAUUCUCCUUGAUAAUGCCCACAGAACAGCCAGCGUUUCUAUGCGAACACGUCGGAGUGGAAUUAGAGCUGAUGAAGAUGACAGAUGGAUUUCCCGAUGAUGCGAAACAACAUAUGCUUUAUGUUUCAAAGGGCCAGCUAAAGAAACAUACCAGUACGGUAAUCAAUUUUAGCUUGAAUGUGAAGCAUCUUUCACAACAGGUGAAUAUGCCUCUCCUGCGAUUGCUUCACCAAAUUACCAACAUGUAUCAAAACGUAAAAGCUGCUCAAAACGAACUGCGUGAUCAUCCAGACCACGGCAAACGUAGUGCUCCUUUAAAAGAUGAGUCUAGUUUAGCGUCUGAAAUGAAUGAUCCAACCUUAAUGGGGUCUCUAAACGAGCCUCUGAUGUCGCACAUAGAAAACGGUAUAUUUGAUUAUGCAGAUGAACGGUAUGACAAAUUCAACGAAGACAUUCCUUACCGACAUGAAUUGCGACAUUCAAUUAGUCGGUCAAAGUUGCCAAGUUUGGGCCCGUUGAUUCCCCUCACGCCUUCCCCAAGUUCACGCAACAGGCCUCAUAGCUUUGCUCAGAAGCUUAGAAGUACAAGCAAGUCGGUGAAGGGUAAAUUGGGUUAUACGAAUCUCAAUGAAACAGUAACGACGCCGAUCAAAGCGAGCCCCACUGCGUUGACCUUUGCAGAUGCACUAUCGAGGAAUUCGUUAGAAACUAAAAAUUCACUUACCGGAUUAUCGAGUUCAUGUGGAGGACCCAAUGUAAAUGAAGCUUUUGUAGAUUACACGGCACCGUUCGACCGAUCGACAUUCACCGGACCGAUCCAUAGCAUACUGGACACGCCGAAGUGCUGGAAAACCAUCUACCACCUGCUGGAUUUAUAUUCGGCUAUGCCGGAAACGAAAACUAUUUCGCAUCGGGUGUCUCUGUCUCCAGAUGCCAUUGGGCAAAUCAAGGCACGUAAAUACAACUUACUCCCGGAUUCUAAAGGCGGCACUACUCGAGAUACCGUCGACUUGAAAUCGGGUACUCAAAUGCCGAAAGAUGUCGGUGUCGUGACUCAGGAGAGAACCCGCUUGGUAGUUUUUGGGGUGGCUAAAAUUCACCGUACGAGACUACUCGCAACGCUUAGUGGUCUGAAACUUGAAGCAGAAAUUACCGCUCUUCACAGCAGCACUACAUGGCGAAAAAAGUCCCGCCCGGCGUCAUUGGAAUGCUCCCUGACUGGCCAGGUCGGACGUGCCAUGAUAGUGCUACUCGAGGGUGUGCCUCCUAAUCAACAAACCGUCGUCAAGAUAACUAUUGGCAAAAGUCAAACAUUGUAUUCCAGUAUUACCCGCAAAGGAAAAGACAAAAAUAACGGCUUACUCUCUAUCGGGAUUGUGAAUAUUGAUAUCCCGCAGCAUCCAGUAGCCCUUCAUGGAAUGAUGACUCGUGGUUCCAAGCAAAUCUCGUCAACACUUCAGGAAUUGCGUGUGACUCGGAGCUCUGCGAGACUAGCUCGUCAAAAUGAAGAACCUGAAUCUCCGUUACAUCAUUUGCGAGAAGCGCGUGAUAAGCACCCCAAUAUAUGUAAACAAAACGUUUCCACAGCGAAAUCAAAUGCUGGUAACCCAAGCGGAUUGCUGCAACCACUUGUCAUGCAGUUUAAUAUUAUCCUACAAAGCCUGUCGGUGACAGCGGCUCUCUUACCUUCUUUGCAAGCUCAGUACAAGAUGGACCAAGUCACGUCCACCGGCGUUACAGGCGGCAAGGCCAAAUUCACCAUAGAUUUGCCCAAUCACUCACUCAGUUUUACGACUAAGGUACAGACUACCGAGACUAACCUCCCUUCGGAGGCAUGUAUUGCUUUGCCCCCAGUGCAUGUUAGCGCAGAGUACGUCCCGGAAAGUUCUUCAGAAGAAGCUCCCAUAGAUGGGGUUGUGCUUCGCCAAGGGGGCUAUUUGGCAGCUUCAGCUGAGAUUGGUGUAUUUGAACGAUGUCUCUCGACGGAUUUGUUGAACCAUUUAGUUUUUGUACAAAAGGUGUUUAUGAAAGAGGUCAACGAGGUUGUGCAGAAGGUGUACGGAGGAGAGAAACCUGUUCCCAUAUGGUUGGAAGAUGAUGAAAACGGAUCACACAUUAAAAGAAUUUUGUUUUCUCUAAACAUUAGAGUUAAGCGAAUACAGCUCACCGCAACAACGCCAUGUAAUUCGGCAGUAAGAUUCGAAACUGGGCAGUUGGACUUACAUCUCUCGAACCGCGUGAAAAACUUGGCGGAUGUAUCGAAUACCAAAUUAUUCGGCAAAGCACAAAUCGAUCUCAAUCUGUCUUUAGGUCAAAUAAUCAAGAACGUAAUAUUCGACGAAGCUGAACCAGAGUUUCAGCAAUAUGCAUUUUUCAAUACCACGAUUGGUCUCAGAAACGCCUUCCAGGAUGAGAUGUUGAAUGACGACAAAGAACUUGUUUUGAUUACACUAAAGCGACCACUGAUGUACGUGCAACCUAUUGCCGUAGACAAAGCAAUUCUUGUAUGGUUAAACUACAAGAACGCAUACGAAUAUUGGACGGAAAAACGCGCAAAUUUGAAUAAAGAAGUUCUUAUGGCGACACAACAGGUAUUCGAGAAAGUUCCAUUUGAAAAAUUUAGUCAACACUUAGCAACCGCCAAUUUAUCCACACUAUUCCUCCAAUUAACGGUAGAAGAUAUGGGAAUAUGUGUACCACUAAACCAACCCGCACAGCUCUGGGGAGCAAAUCGUUCGGUGGGAGAUUAUGAGCAGAAAGGAGCAGUAGUUAUCACGUUGGAAAACACUAUCAUUUCUGCCUGUAGUUGUGGGUCAUUGGUGUCGAAUGGAAAGUUUGUUGGGUUGUGUCUUCGUUUUGCCGAAGAUUUUGACUCAUCACUAGACGAUUGGAAGCCUAACAUGAAUGAUGCUAAUAUUAUGAACUUGUGCGUAGUUUCAGAAGGAACAUAUGAUGUCUGCUCUCGGACAAUUGCAGCUAAGCAUCCAGAUAAUGCCAAGUGGUUCCUAAACGUAAAGUGGCAAAUGGAAGGUGUAGAUAUUCAUCUGGAUGUGAACAUCGGUAAACAGCUGUCUGCUUUAGGGCAUACGUUGACCAUGCUGACGGGUUCAGAGGAUGAAGAACCAAUCUCCUCUGACACGCAAGAUAGCGACGAUGCAGAUCAUUCUGAAGAUAAUCGAACAUCGCAGGAAUUUGUUGCAAAAGGACGUAAGUCAGUGGAUUCAUUACCGUCAUUUCUAUUCGACACUUCUAUGGAUCCGAAAAAACGUUCCUUACUGAUGGAGAAUGAAAUAGCUGAACAGACAAAAACGGUGAAUGACUUGCGUACGCUUGGAGCCUCAAGCAAAACAAUCGAGAACGAGGAACGAAGAUUGCAAGAGCUACAGGCUAUUUGCUAUAAAUAUUUCCGCAGAGACAUGCUUCAGAAAUGGAAGCGCCCGACUAUUCGCAAAUCGAUUCUGAAAUCCACCAACCGCUCGCGUUCGUUCAUCGCUCCAUCCCCUACCAAAGAGGGCCUACUCGAGGCGCACGAUUAUAUUGCUUUAACUGAACUUGGCGGAAAUGACGGACUGUUAAAUAGUUUGCAGGAAUCUCCAACUUCGGGUCCAUCCCGAACCACUUCCCUGAGAGUAAAGAUACCGCAAACUAAUCGCGUUACCUUAGCGGAAUCAAUGCGCCAAUCGUCGCUGCCCAGUGCUGAUACUGAUGUAGCAUAUUGCGACUCCGGCUUCGACUGGCAGCGAUACGAUACGGGAUCGAUUUCAUCGGAUGUACCCCAUUUGCUAGAAAUCGACGGCGAGCAAGUGGAGCUCCGCAAGAAGAGUCCUAAUCACCCACAGAAACAGCAAGAACCAAACAUUGAUUUUGAGUUAGAUAUCAAAGUACUAGUCAAUUCUGGUAAAUGUGUUCUUCAUACAAAAGAUAUUACUGACGAAAAAAUGUCUACUAGUGUAAGCAGCACAGUUAAACAUCACAAACGAGAGAGAAGCUUUGGAACAGACUGGGGAAGUCCAAUUCCCCAAAGAAGAAAUAAGGAUAAAUCUAGAUACAGAUACAACUCUCCCUAUACUGCUUUGGUUGAUUUGACCAUUUUCCACAUACCCGGAUUGGAUGUCAAAUUGCAAUACCAAUCAAAGAUUAUUGGUGACGAUGCCUCCCCACGAUUAAGUACAAGCGAUCCAUUUGGAAUUGUUCGAAGGCACGGUGCAAAACGAGCUACAUUGUUUGCAUGGAUGACCCUGCAGAGCAUUCCCGAGGAAACAAUCAUUUCACCACAUAUUCUCGAAUUCCUAGAACAAACUCUCGAGCCGAUCCCGUCGAGAACACUCUCCGCUCCUUCGAAUCCAGUUAAUUUACAAAUGUUAGAAAAUAACUAUGCAGCAUAUGCAAGCUUUCCCGUGGAUGUCGUAGUUUACUUCCACAUGCAACCGUCAACGUUUCGUUUCUCGUGUUUACCAGUUUCACGCGUCGAGUGUAUGCUACAACUUCCGAGUUUGGAUAUAAUUUUCAGCUCAAACCGCCAUGAGGAAGACUCCGCAUCCCUAGGUACAAGUGAAACCGAAGGAAAAUCAGCUGGUGGCUUAAGUAUAACAGGAUGCUUGGCGGAUUUUAACGUGUACAUUUUUCAUCCAUACGGUGGCAAGAAAACAAAUCUUAAGGAAUCUCAUCAAUUCAGCCCCUUGGCUGAUAGCGAACGAAAAGAUUCGUUAAGCAUAAACGUAGAGUUUGUCAAGUUUCACAUAACGCGAUCAAAAAAGAUCAACUACUGUGAUACUGGAAUGACAAGGAAGCUGUCUGAUCAAUCGAAAGCAAUUAUUCGUUUCUCGACUAUAGUUGACAUUGGUUCUGCCUCAUUCAAAUAUGACAUGCGACGGUUGACAGAGAUUUUGGCCUUUCCCAAAGCGUGGUAUCGCAGGAGCAUUGUCCGUAGGAUGUUUCUGGGUGAUUUGAGUGUGCCACAAGUUAGCAUGUGCGAUUUGGAAAGUGUAUCUGAGGAUAGUAGUACAAAAAUGUCUGAGGAUCUUCCGCCUGAAAUGUUAAGCCGAGAUAAACUGAAGCUGAAUUUAGAAGGCGAUAUUUCAAAACAUAAUUUUGGAAGUACAAGCUCUUCGUCCAUAACUGCAAAACUGAAAGAUCAGAAGUCAUCUAGUAUGGAUUCUAACACGUCUCCUUCAGAUGUAAAUCAGAUAACCUCCUGGGAAACUUUAGUGUUGUUCGCAGUAAACUUUACCAAGUUGAAUGUGCAGAUGAACAUGGGAAAUGUGAUGGGAAAUAUCGUUUGGCUUACAAAGGCCUUCCAAAGCGAUGGAAGAUUAAGCAUUGGCAGUACCGGCCACAAAAAUAUGUACUUUGGUAUUGGUCUUGGAGGGUCAUCACUCGAUGCAAAGGGAGGUAUUGUGGGAGGCACAAUUGAACUGAGCAAAAUAGACACGUUUGUUCACAUCAGAGAAGACCCCGGUUGUGAGCCGGAUCAUAAAGUUGGAAUAAAGUUUCUUGCUCUGGAACUAAAGUUUGACUACAUGGGAACAAGUGUUCUAAUGACCAGAAUCAGUUCGUUUAGUGCACAACUAAGAGAUGAGUGGAAGUUCUCGAAGGAUCAUGACUUCAGCAACACGCUCCCAACGAAUUAUCCUGCUAUUAUAUUAUUGCAUGGUGAUCUUUCCUGGGACCAACUACAAAUGAUGAUUUCAAAAUCUACAACAGUCGACAUUCUGAAAAUGUUCUACAAAUUAGAGGAGUUUUUCUCGCAACAGUUCAAAUCUUCUAAGCGCGUUUUCUCCAACUUAGAACCUCGACUAACAGUAAACAAUCGUUCUAGCGUGAGGCGACGGGACUCUGCCAAAAAAAGUUCAUCAACUCCAGUUCCACAAGCGGUCGAACGCGAUGUAACCAUGCACGACACUCGUCAUCAUCGUCACUGGCAGCGUCCUCUUAAGCAAACCGAAGGUCUGUGGCUUUCGACAUUGGGGGUUCCAUUGUCAAACAUUGGUACAGUAUUGGGAGGCACGAUGGAAUUGCGCGGCAAGAACAUAUCUUUGGCUUGUUUCCAUGGUAUCAACUUUAAAUCCAAAUCAUGGGCUCUAUUUAGCCUCAAAGAACCAUGCAUCAACUUCGCCACUGAAGCACAGCACGUGGAAUCUUCUGAAGAGGUCCAUGUCAUUCAAACGCUUACAUUCGGCCUAGGAAUGAACACUCUACAACCUUCACAGCACCAUUCCAAUGCAACGGUUGUGCGUAUGUCGAGAAAUGUUAUCUUUCCUCCUCAGUUUAAAACAUUGCACGAAUGGUUCCACUACGCAUUCGCUAACAGCGAAAUUGAUGCGGUAGAUCGCUUCCCAGUGUUAGAACGUGAUAAGGAGCAUCACACUAACUCAAUUGAACGUGCUAGAGGAACAUCCGCAGGAACGUCCGCGCACCCCAAAUUGCAGGAUCCCAACCAUAACAGAGAAGUUAUAUUCGCAUUACCUAGCCUUCAACUACACUUCAAGACUGAGCAUCUUCAAGGCGUCACAACACCGGAUGUGUCACAAGAAAAACCAACUGUCGAAUGCAGUUUCAUUACUGAAUUCGAAGAUCACAUAUUUGUCACCGUCGAUGCAGAUGCAUUCUUCUUUUUGCAUGAUCUCAUCAUGUCGUAUUUAAGAGAGAAGGAAAGAGUGCUUGGGACAAUUACAAGUGCAAGAGCGACGUCACCAAAUCCCUUGCCGGCCCAAUCACCUUCGCCGACUCCUUCGAACACCUCUUCCCUAAAGUCUGUUAAGAGUAAUUCCAACGUAUGUGCACCAUCUCCCCAAGAUUUGUCAUCCAGUCAAACUAUUGCAAAUGGUAGUGCUACUAGUCCUACUGAUGGCGCUUCUGGUUCCAAGAAUCGCUCGGAUAACAAAUCCAGCAACUCAAAACAUGUAAACAUAAAUAUAGACAAAUCUGACAUCGAGCUUUUGAUGCGAACCGAUUGGCGACAUUUUGACUGCAAGACGUGGCAUUUAGAACCAACUGUCAGGCUCCUCUCGUGGGCGGGUAAAUCAAUAGAGCCGUACGGCAUUGAUUAUAUUUUGAACAAACUAGGAUUUAGUCAUGCUAGAACUACGAUACCCAAAUGGUUACAACGAGGUGUAUUAGAUCCGCUGGACAAGGUACAGGCUAUGUUGAUGCUUCAGUUGCUGCUAAUGGCGAAAGAGAAUGAUGCAGAUGAGAAGGAACCCCUUAAAGAUAAGUAAACUCUCUAAAGUAUCAUAUUCUGAAGAAAUAUGCUAUUCCGCUUAAAAACAAUUACAACGAUAAUCACAAAAAAUCUAGCAAAACUGCAUUAUAUUGCAUCAUAUUCAACAUUGGAAAUCAAUUAGCUAUUCACGUUGCUCCCCUUUCUAGUCGUUGCUUUGAGCAGCAUUGCCUUGGCUAUGAUGCAUAAUUACACAGCUUUUUGUGUAAUCAGUAAUCACAUUAAAUGUAUUACCAAUUGUCGAUGUCUAAAUAAAGCAAUACACAGAAUUA